GUUUUGAAUACAAAUUAGACUUUUCCACAAAAUAAUUAUACUUUUUUAGUCUUUAGGAACUGAGCUUUGUGUCAAUUUGCGUAAAUUUGGCUUUCACCAACUUCCAAGAUUGCAAUUAAGAGGAAUUUUGGUACGGAAGUUUUCUUUGUGUGUGUGACUCAACUUUGGGUUUUCUUGUGAAAUCCGCAUCAAAAGCGCCGCAAAAUGUUCAGUUUCGAUGGGGACUUUCGCCGCAGACCCCAACAAGAUCUCGGCGGCAGUUCGCACAAGCAGGAUCGCGUCUCAAUUCUCAAAAAUGCCCAAGUGCAGCGUCAACGAAGGGAACAAAUCCGCAAGGAAACGUCGUCUGCCAUCAAAAUCCAGUCAAAAGUUCGGAGUUUUCUGUUGCGCGUCGAAACAAAGAAGCAAGAACGAACGAAUUUUGACAAUCAUCUUCGCGUCUUCGGGAUCACAAAUGAACGUGAUUUGGAGUACUUGUUGAAGCGAAUUGUAUUUUUCUACGAAUUUGGGGUCGAUGGUGAUCGUUUGAUAAAUUUGUGUCAAUAUAUCUUGAAGAAUCCCUCGAUGUUGUAUCAAAAAGUGAAGGAAGUGGAAUGGUGUCAUCGAUUGAAACGACUUCUGAAUUGCUGCAUGAAUCAAAUUUUUUGUCAGAAACACUCGUCGGCGAUCCCGUUGCGGAUGUUGGAGGUCUUUACGUCAUGCGAUAGCGUUUUGAAGUUCAUCCAAAAUCCGUAUACGGUGCAACAAUACCUGGAAACGGUCUUUAAAUACAUGAUCAAGAAGGAAUAUUUCCAGAAAAUUCGUCGUUUGAUUCAGGAAAAAAUUCCGGUGUUGGAUGAGGAUGACAAUUAUUCGAGUCCCAUUGGAGAUGCGAUACUGCAAAUGCUCGUGAGACCCCUGAAACUGAUAGAUUUGGGCAGUGAGACGUUACAAAGGGAAAUUUUACAAUCAUUUACCGCGACAAUUUUGUCGCAAGAGUUUACAGAACAAAUUAAAUAUUUCAUCAUUCCGCAGUUGGCCAAACAGGACGAUUUUCCGUUUGUGCCGUGGAUUAAUUAUCUCGCGAAUUUGCAUCGGAAACAUACGGAUCACAAAAAUAUGAUCCUAAUUGACGUGAGCACGGAUAAGGAAAAGGACUGGGAAGAGGAGCAAUUUUCCACGUUUUUGUUGUACUCGCUACUGAAGUUUGAUCGCUUGAUUUUCGCUCAUUCAAGUGACACAGACAUCAUUCGAAACUACAUAAUCGUCCUCGCAUCUGUCGUUGACAACAUCAAAAAGCUCCCCAAACCACAAAACGCCGUUUUUAUGUCGAAAAACUACGACGACGAUACCGACGAGGAGGUCGACGACGAAGAUAUCGACUACCCCAUGUACAGCGAAAUGGAAAUGUCGACCCUGAGAUCCGUUUUGUCUCUCUUGAAUGACGUUCCACGUGUGAUAUUUUUGGUACAACGCGUCGAUUUGUUCUUGCAAGAGCCGGAAAUCCUCUUGAACAUUUGUCAAGUGUGUCACGCCUUGGCUUGCAACAAAAAUGCCGUCACAGAAUGCAAACUUCCGUACAUGCUGGCAUUCAAACCGAAGUUUAUCCGGACUUUGUGGUACACUUUGACGUCGGAAUCUGUUCAAAAAGGCAUCACGAAUCCCAUUAGUCUGAUAUCGAAGGGUUUGGCGUUGUCGAAAAACGAGGCAGAUCGCUUUAUUCCCAUUUUGGCGACGUUUUGCGCGUUAUUUGGACGACUUAUUACUACAUUGCAUGACGGCGAGUUCACAAAUGACAACACAAUCGCCAUUUCCAAAAUUAUGCCAUUCACGCUGCAGGAAAUUGUGCCGCUAAGUACAACGUUAAAGGAAAUGUGUUUAGGCUUAGUGGAGUUAGCGUUUCCCGAAACACGAGCAAAUUUGAAUGACAAUUACCGUACUAUGUUGUCGUCGCUCACCGGCAAAGACGACAAAGAACAAAAAGCCAUCAAUCAGAUCAACAAUAACGUUUGGGCGCAUUUGCUCAAGACAUCCGUCGCACUUUUGCGACAACUUCAUACACGUGACCUUCGUUUAAAUUUCUGCCCCGAGGGUCAUUGGACCGCAAAAUUACUCCAUUUGCCCUUGGAUAAGCCAACAGACUUACAUAUCACACGGAGUCGACGUGGAUUGCGACCCUUUCAGCCAAUUCGUGACUUUACGCGCGAAGACCUCAUGGAUGGACCGCCCCUCAGCACCAAACAAAUCCGAUCAAUUACAAUUUUACGGGAAAUUCCCUUUGUGGUGGAGUUUAAUACGCGUGUCAGUAUCUUCCAAGGACUGCUGGCGGCGGAUCGAUUACGAUCUCAAGGCGAUUUGCAGGGUUUCUUGCAAGGACCGUCGAUUCAAAUUAUGGUGAGACGUUCACAUUUGUACGAAGAUGCCUUCGAUAAGUUGAGUUUGGAGAACGAACCGGAUUUGAGACCGAGAUUCAGAGUGCAGAUGAAGAAUGUUGUGGGCUUGGAGGAAGCUGGCAUCGAUGGCGGCGGCGUUUUUCGGGAAUUUUUGUCGGAGUUGAUUAAAAGUGCUUUCGAUCCGCAUCGGGGAUUCUUCAUGAUAUCAAAAGACAAUAUGUUGUACCCGAAUCCGUAUGUCGGGAAAAUUGUGGAGGAUUAUCAGAGACAUUAUUUCUUUAUUGGACGAAUACUUGGAAAGGCCCUUUACGAGAACUUAUUAGUGGAAUUACCGUUAGCAGAAUUCUUUUUGUCAAAAUUGGCUGGUAAACAUUCAGAUGUUGAUGUUCAUCAACUAGCAUCCCUCGAUCCAGUUUUGCAUAGGAAUUUAAUGUCUCUCAAGGCUUACGAAGGCGAUGUAGCUGACUUGGGUCUCGAUUUCACCAUCGUCUGUGACGAACUUGGCGAAACAAGAGUUGAAGAACUCAAACCGAAUGGCAGCAACAUCACCGUAAACUCCUCCAAUCGCAUCGAAUACAUCCAACUCAUGGCAGAUUUCAAGCUAAAUCGUCAAAUUCGUGCGCAAUGCAUGGCUUUCCGCGAGGGUCUCGCCAACGUGCUGCCAAUUGAGUGGCUUUACAUGUUCAGCAACAAGGAAUUGCAAGUUUUGAUCUCGGGCGCCGAAAUUCCCGUCGAUGUCGAAGACCUGAAGCAACAUACGCGUUACAGCGGAGACUUUAGUCUCGAACAUCCAACAAUCGAGAUGUUCUGGAAUGUCGUCGAAAAUUUCACAGACAUCCAAAAACGUCAAUUACUCAAGUUUGUGACGUCGUGUUCGCGCCCACCGUUAUUAGGUUUCAAAGACUUGGAUCCAGCGUUUUGUAUUCAGAACGCCUCUAGCACCGAUCGUCUGCCAUCCGCAAGCACCUGCAUGAAUUUGCUGAAGCUGCCUCCAUUCGACAAUGAAGAUUUGCUGCGGGAGAAACUCAUUUAUGCGAUUCAGAGUGGUGCUGGAUUCGAGUUGAGUUAAAAAUCUUCUUUUUGACAUGCGAUUUUUUAGUGAUUUCCCAAUAAAAAUUUAUAUAAAAAUAUACAAAGAUCCAGUAGAAAUUAAUUUUAAGCAAAUUAAAGUAUAAUUUAUUUCCUACUCAUCCAAUUAUUGAUUGAAUCAAAUGAAAAAUGUGGAAUAAAGUUAGCGAAAAAGAUGGAAAUUUGGUGUUUUCUUGUCGGUUUGUGAGUUAUCGGGCAUCGAACA